AUGUCAUCCUCACAAUUAGACGCUGUUGUGGAUGCAAUUCCGCUUGACACGUUUUCCAGGUUUAUCGGUUUGUUUGACCACGUCAAAUCACUCAUCGGAUUGCAUGGGGAGUACACUACUCUCCGCGACCCGAUCAUAUUCGCACGAGCCCAGCGAGCACCGCCCACCCGGGGACCGCCAAUGGAGGAAGAGGUCGCUCAUUCACUGUCCGCCGCGCAAGAUGCGAUCAACACCACACAGCCAGUAGGGCCUGCCCAAGAAGACCUCCAGCUUUUCAAGUUGCUCUGGGACGCGGCCAUAGAUGCGAUGGAGAAGGCGCUCGAUGAUGGCCACCUCCAUCUCGAGGUCCGCGCUUGGGGUAUCAUUGGUCUCGCCGCGGGCUAUAUGGAUCCGCAGACAACUUCGGUUGCUGACAAGGAGGAUUUCGCGGCGUAUAGGGACCGUCUCCGGGCGGCGUUGGUGUCCUUGCCAUCUCUGACAUCGCCUCAUAACGCCCAGGCAUCUGGAGUGUCGCCGGACCAGCGUGUCUAUUUGCUCACGAAGGCCAAGCGCGAGGUGCAUACUUGCAGCAAUUUGCUCCUACAGCAGUUCAGGAAAGAUAAAUGGACGAGUGUGAGGUGGUAUCAUGGGCUUGCUGUCGCGAAGAGGUGGGUGGGAAACCUAGCAUCAGAACAGACUGUGGCGGCGGAUGAGGAUGUCCAAGAGGUACUAGAAGGAAUUGCUUGA